AUCCCCGCGCGGCUCACCAAUGGCGGCCCGCCAGCUGGCGCCACUGGCGAGUAAACAAAGGCGGAAGGCGACGCUGACCUGCGCCGAUAUGGAGGGGUGGUUGAGUUGAUUGGUCCGAUCGAGCGUAGGAUUUGGGAAGCUGCGGCUCGACAUCGCUGCGGCGGAUCGCUGCAUGCGGUGCGGGGGGAUGGGCCGGGGCAUGGUGAUGGAGAUGGAGGCGGACAUGGACGGGGUGCUCCAGCGCUUCGACCGCGACGGCGGAGGCCGGGGGAGCGAUGCAUGGUGGAGUGAUCGGAGCAGGAGCGGCGGCGGCGGCGGAGGAGGAGCGGAUGAGGUCGGCGGAGGAGGAGGAGCGGUGAAGGAGCGGAUCGCGCGGGCGCUGAGGAUCUACAAGGAGGCGGCGGCGGGGGACGGCGGCGGCGGCGCGCUGGUGCAGGUGUGGGCGCCGGCGCGGGACGGGGGCCGCCGCGUGCUGGCGACCCGGGGCCAGCCCUUCGUGCUGGCGCCGCCGCAGUGCCACCGCCUGUUCCAGUACCGGACCGUCUCGCUCACGCACGCCUUCCCCGUCGGCGGCGCCGGCGUGCCCGGGGAGCGCGGCCUGCCGGGCCGGGUGUUCGACGCCGGCGCGCCCGAGUGGACGCCCAACGUGCAGUACUACGGCACCGGCGAGUACGCGCGCAUCAGCUACGCGCUCAUCUACGACAUCCAGGCCGCCCUCGCGCUGCCCAUCCUCGACCCCGCCACGGGCUCCUGCGUCGCCGUCGUCGAGCUGGUCACCACCUCGCCCCGGCUCCGCUUCGCCGCCGAGGUCGACAAGCUCUCCAAGGCCCUCCAGGCAGUGGCGUUGAGAGGUUCAGAGAUCUGCCGCCCCGCAGCCGAGGUUUCCGACGACGAGGCGGAUCAGCUGGCCAUGUCCGAGGUCUCAGACGUCUUGACCACUGUGGGUGAAGCUCACAGGCUGCCGCUAGCGCAGGCCUGGGUCAGAUGCAAGCGCUGCAACACCAGCACGGAGCACGCCUCCCUGACCGCCGCCGGCACGCCGUUCUACCUCGCCUCCGACGCAGACCAAAGCCUCAUCGGCUUCCGCGAGGCCUGCGUCGAGCACCACCUGCGUGCCGGCCGGGGCGGGCUCGUUGAGGAGGCGGCCGCGGCCCGAGGGCCCCUCUUCUGUGCCGACGUCACCAAGUACUCCAUGGACGCGUACCCGCUCGCGCACCACGCGCGCUUCUGCGGCCUCGCGGGCUGCCUCGCCGUGUGCGUGCAGCUGCGCCGGGACCACGACGACGACGCGUCCAUGGAUGACGGCAGCCGGGAACAGUGCGUGCUGGAGUUCUUCCUCCCGCCGGACUGCAGAGACGGCGCGGCGCAGAAGGCGGCGGCGGACGCCAUCGCGGCCACACUCACGCAACGCUUUGGCAAUGGUCAUCUGAAGGCGAUCGCUAUAAGCUGGUUGCAGGAUUUGGCUUUUGAGAUCGUUGCAGACGGCGAGUGCGUGCUACGGCAUGAUCGUGUCGUCAUGGUCGAUGCCCCAGAGCUUGAGCUGAACGAUCAUGGAGGAGAUGAGAGGGAUUCAGACGAGGAGGGUCUACAUCUGGCAACAGCUGUGGGUGCUGCAGACAUUGAAACACCCAAGAUGAACGAUGGUGGUGAAAAUGGAGGCGAGGAUCCAAGAUCACAAGCUGGUGAGAAGAAAAAGAAGGCAAAAAGAAAGGGUGAAAAAACUGUCAGCUUGGAGGUACUGCAGCGCUACUUCUCAGGGAGCCUGAAAGAUGCAGCGAGGAGCCUUGGCGUUUGUCCGACAACGAUGAAGCGCAUCUGCAGGCAGCACGGCAUCUCCAGAUGGCCGUUCCGCAAGAUCGCCAAGGCGAACCGUUCCCUCGACAAGAUCAAGCGCGUCUUUGAAUCGGUGCCAGGAUCAACAAACCCCAUGGCCGCUCCAACUCCGGCUGCUGCUGUUUCUCACCAAGCUCCAGCUGCAGCUACUGCUCGCGGUGGCCAUGCCCUGCCGUGCCUAUCAAGUGCUCUGAGAGUGACCUCCUCCCAAGGCUCAUGCCAAGCGCCACCUCCUCCCAAUCCCAAGGACGCCGCCCUGCGCACGCCCUUGCACGGUGCGGACGCCGGCGUGGUGACGGUCAAGGCCAGCUACAGAGGGGACAUCGUCAGGUUCAGGGUGCCAAGCUCUGCAGGCGUGGCGACGGUGAAGGGGGAGGUGGCCAAGAGGCUGGGGCUGGAGGCCAGCGAGUUCGACGUCAAGUACCUGGACGAUGACAACGAGUGGGUGCUCUUGUCCUGUGACGCCGACUUCCAGGAGUGCCUCGAGGUCGUUCCGGCGGUGUCAGGAGCGUCGUCGUCGUCCGGCUCUGCAUCGCCUCAGCCGGUGGUCAGGCUGAUGGUUCAGGAGGUACCAGAAAACCAUGGGAGCUCCUGUGGGAGCUCAGAUUAGUCACAGAAAAUAGAGCCUUGGCCCUUUGGGGCUUAACAUUGUUGACUAAGCAUGACAAUAUAGUAUGACAUAUAGAACUAGGGAUGAAAUUAAGCCCAAAUAAAAAGUUUGAGAAUUAGAUUGGUCAAAUUUAUAACAGAUUUACUUGGCAUCAGCCAUCUGAGAUCUCGUUAUUCAUCAAUCAACAUUGUGGUUCGUGAACGUAUGAUCUCGUUUUGUGUGUUGGGACCCGCAACAGAAGCUAUGGCAUACUACCCAUUUUGGGUUUUCUCA